CAAGGCGUGUCGCGCUAGGCCUGCCCUGACCGGGAGAAGCUUGAAGUCGCGCCACUCAUUCUGUGCUAUCAGCACAUAAUCAGUUUCACAUUCAUCGGCAGUCACUGAAGAGCUUUCACAAUGGCAGAACACUUUACUGAGCAAAUAGUAUUUAACAAACCAAAGAUUGAGCUGCAUGUGCAUCUUGAUGGCGCUAUCCGAGUGGAGACCAUCCUAGACGUUGCCAAGCGACGUGGGAUCACCCUGCCUGCAUGCACAGUGGAGGACAUGACACAAAUCUGUGUGAUGCACCAGCCUGCCACCCUCACAGAGUUCCUUGGCAAGUUCGCAGAGUACAUGCACGUUAUUGCUGGUGACAGAGAGGCGAUCAAGAGGAUAGCUUAUGAGUUUGUGGAGGACAAAGCCAAAGAGGGGGUGAUCUACGUUGAAGUCAGAUACAGCCCACACUACCUGGCUAACACUGACGUAAAACCCAUUCCAUGGAACCAGAAAGAAGGUGACCUGAGCCCAGAUGAGGUGGUUCACUUGGUGAACCAGGGACUGGCUGAUGGAGAGAAGGCGUUCAAUAUCAAAGCCAGGUCCAUUCUGUGCUGCAUGCGCCACAUGCCAAGCUGGUCCAUGGACGUGGUGGAGUUGUGUAAGAAGUAUAAGAAGGAUGGAGUGGUGGCUAUUGAUCUGGCAGGAGACGAGUCACUCAACUGUGAGGCCUUACAAGGACAUAGGAUGGCCUAUGAGGAAGCAGCGAGAUGUGGGAUCCAUAGAACAGUCCAUGCUGGAGAGGUGGGCCCUGCCUCUGUGGUGAAAGAGGCUGUGGAGGUCCUGAAAGCAGAGAGAGUAGGACAUGGUUACAACACACUGGAGGACCAAGUGUUGUACAAACAGCUCCUGGAACAGAACAUGCAUUUUGAGGUGUGUCCCAUAUCCAGCAAACUGACUGGAGCCUGUAAUCCAGACUUCACAGAGCAUCCUGUCAUCACGUUCAGGAAGGAUAAGGCCAACUACUCCCUGAACACAGAUGACCCUUUGAUUUUCAACUCCACCCUGCACUUAGACUACAGCACUGCCCAGAAGUACAUGGGCUUCACUGAGGAGGAAUUCAAGAGACUGAACAUAAACUCAGCUAACUCCAGCUUUUUGCCUGAGAAGGAGAAGAAGGAUCUUGUGAACAAGUUGUAUGAAGCCUAUGGAAUGGUGGAGAACACUGGCUUUUAAAUGAAGCACUGAUCAGAUUCGCUUAAAUGGCAAUACAACAAACCAGCAACCAACCACUUUAAACUCUUACUUCCCCCACUUGGCACUCUGGAAUGUCUAUGCUCCUUCCUAUGCGUACAUAGAUUGAACCAGCAAUACAUUAUUGUACUGCUGUACAUAGCUCAAACACUCUCAUCGCAAUGAAGAAAACUGUUAAUCAGUAUUCCAUCUAACUGUGGAUCCCACGGAUAAAGCAGUUGUUUAGUCUACUGUGAAUUGGUGCAGAAAUGUAAAGGUGGUCUUAAAUAAUUUGUUAUUUCAACCAGUUUGGUCUUUCUCAUAGUGAAACAGUUAUAACUUACCUUGCCUCAUCAAACAACAAGCACUUUGUAUGCCUCACAGUCAAUUCUCAAAGUACUUUUUGCAUCCGGUAUAUAUCAUUCAUGGAAUGUAAUAGAUGUGUACUAUGCAUUUAUGCUUGAAGGAAAGUACUUUUCAUCAACUGGUGGUAAAGGAAAGCUAUUGUGUACUAUCCAUCAGUUAUGCCUAGGCCAAGUGAGAUAGGCCCAUAGACCAUUCGAAUCACCAUGCCCACAACUCUUUUUUUAAAUGUUUUUAUUUUUAUAAAUUUUUGGGGGGUAGAUCAGCUUAAUAUUGCAGAUAGAUUGUAACUU